GCAUGCAGGCAGCUAGACGAGUGCUGCAGGAUUCUUACCAUGAGAAACACAGAGAACACUGUGAUGAUGGAAAGCAUCAUGACAGCUUAUACAACAAAGGUCAUCCUUACCCAGGCUAUCCCGGAUACAUCAUGAUGUCAAACAUGAACAAUGACUGUUACAUGCCCAAUGACUCUUUGUCUCCUCCGAUGGCCAGAACGUCAAACAAGGUACCAGUGGUCCAGCCAUCGCAUGCAGUUCACCCACUUACUCCUCUGAUCACCUACAGCGAUGAGCACUUUGCACCCGGGCCUCACUCGGGACACCACCCCCAAGAAGUCGACUCCAAACAAGGCAUACAUAGACAUCAUCAUCAUCCUGUUCCUGACAUGGCCAAUUUUUAUUCACUGUCGCCUGGAGGAGUUGAACAGAUUACCCCGCCUCUUGGGUGGCAAGGUCAGCCUAUGUAUCCAAUCUCAAGUGGUUUCAGACAACAGUACCCCUCCACUCUCCCAGGUGACACCCCCAUGUCCAGGUUUUCACAUCACAUGGUGCCAGGUCCCCCUGGACCCCAUGCAACUGGCAUCCCUCACCCUGCCAUUGUGAACGCUCAAGUCAAGCACGAACACCCGCACGACCAUGACCUAAUGCACAUGAAACCUCAACAUGAACAGAGAAAAGAGCAAGAGCCCAAAAGACCUCACAUCAAGAAGCCUCUAAAUGCUUUUAUGUUGUACAUGAAAGAAAUGAGAGCAAACGUAGUAGCGGAGUGUACGCUGAAGGAAAGUGCAGCCAUCAAUCAGAUCCUGGGGAGGAGGUGGCAUGCACUGUCUCGGGAAGAACAAGCUAAAUAUUAUGAAUUGGCCCGCAAGGAAAGGCAGCUUCACAUGCAGCUUUACCCAGGCUGGUCUGCAAGAGACAAUUAUGGAAAGAAGAAGAAGAGGAAGAGAGAGAAGAUCCAGGAAACCACUUCAGGUACAGGCCAGAGAAUGAAAACUGCGUACAUCUGAGCAAUGUCUGGAUGAAAGUCAUCCAGGUGAGAGAGAGGAAGCAGCGUCUGUUUUUAUUGUGGGAUUUGCGUCUGCUGGAAGUAUGUGUUUGGAGAGACUGCGCCUCCUUUGUGGAUGCAGCCCAAGCUUCUUUCCCCCCUCCCCUCCCACCACGCUGCAGAAUGCGACUCGCAGCACUUUCUUUGAAGCCUAACCGCAGCAGAAGGAGCAGUCAUUGUGCUCUUUGAUUGUGCCGCCUUGGCCUGUGGAUUGGGCCUUGCUGGAGCUUGCCUGGUUUGGCUAGACUUCAGCUACGGCCCCCAGCAACGUCUCAGAUGUGGGCAAUUCCCAGUCUAUUCUGCACAUGCCUGUGGUUUCUUGGAGGGAUCCUGAUGUGACCCUUUUUUUAUAUGUCUCUGAUUUGUGAGACGGGGAAGCUGGCUUGUCCCAACUGAGACUCAAAAGGAUUCCAUUUGCUGAACAUUAAGCCAAAUGUAUUUUUUGUUAAUUUCAAAGGAAACACUUACAUAUUACAUGCUUAGUUGGUCUGUUUUAAGUUCUUUCACCUUGUCUGUCAGUUUUUUUUUCAGCUUGAAUCUUUUUGUCUCUUGCCUAACUUAUGUACACAUACAUAUAUACACAGUAUUUUUCUAUAUGAAACAUACCUUUCUUAUUUUGCUUUUUUCUGUUGCUGUGUUAAACUUCAGUUGGGAUUUUGUAAAUUCGCCCGCGAUGGUUUAUUCUUCUAGAUGACUCUCGCUUGUAUACAAUGAGCUGCAAACAGCUGCCUGUGGGUUAAUAAUGCUCUUGGCCUCUGGUACCCAAAGAUUAAAUGUGACAAACAUCCAGUGCAGAUAUUUACUUCUCUUCUGUAAUGCCUCCUAUAAAAUGAAGUGUUUCAAAGGCAGUUAGUAAUGAGUGUUUUACAGAUUACAUCACCAUAAUUGGUUGCAUGUAGAUUCCAAGUCUGUACAGAAACCAUUCUCUGAUUUCUAAAAGAUAUAUAGGAAUAACCAUUUUGAUGGAUAGAGUUUUUCACAAUAAACUAGAAUAUUGACCUCUUUAAGAGGUGGCUUCUGUUUUUAACAGUUGCAGGGUCAAAACUCCAUCUAUCAUUGUAGGUUAAUCCAUGGGAUGUCAGUACCAUGUUUGUUCUAAAAGUCUUUUGUUUAAAUUAGAUAUCAAUUUUCCUGUAAGCUGGUAUUUUAUACAAAUAAAAUAUCUAUGUGGGCACUUCUUUGAUGUGCUAAUCAUGCUAAUGGAGUUUUUUCCAGAUUUAGAGUAGACAUGACAACAGUUUUCAUUCAGUGGGAUAAAACUAAAAGUCCUGGAACUGAAGAUGGAGAAGGGAGUACCGCAGCUCUUGCUUGAUUCAUCUUAAGGGUAAAGGAGGCAAUUGAGAAACGUGAGGCCGCUCUAGUUAUCUUAACUUCCCUACUUCAAAGGUAGCCUACUGCCCGACCAGGAGAAAACAGAUCUUAAACAGAAGAGUGUUUCAUUUCCUCUGCGUCAGCCAGCAUUCCUGAGUGCUAAUGGGGAGUAGCUCUGAAUCCCGGAGUUUGUGUCGAAGCGGCUGUGAAACUCUGGCCUGGCGCCCCAAGGCCUUUCUACAACAGGAAGUUGAGUGUUUUCAUCUGAGGCAGAGAGGAAAACCUUCCCAGGAAGAGCGAGUCAGACUAGAGCUUUGAAAUCCUGGGAUGAAAAGGGACGGGGUAAAUAAAAGCGGCAGGGUGCUCUCUUCAGCGAAUCCUGCCUGUUUUCUAAGAUCAGGGUUGGGAAAGGUACCUCUCCUACCUCUCUUGAUCCACAUGUGGUUAAGUAGUCUGGACAUAAGGAAAUACUGAGGCUUUCAAUCUCAUCUCAAAGGGUGGGAUGGAGUUGUAAAUCUCACAAAUAGUGUGUGUGUGUGUUUAAUUUGGACAUAUACUCCUGUGAAAAGAAAAUAUGUUUGUAUUGCUAAUUAGUAGUUUGCUUUGAAAAAUGAUUUCCGUUUUGUAUUUUAUCAGGUAUGAACACCUAAAAGAAGUCACACUAAAUAUACAUGUUUCUUUUAUUUUCAAGAUUUUUGUUUUGGCUUGCAACGUUACUAGAUAAUCCAACACUUUGCUAUUCAAUACAAAGAUUUGUCUGUGAUCUCAAUUGUGAUAGGUCAUUGGCCUGGCCAUCUAGAGCAGGGCUUCUCAAACUCAGCCCUGGGGACCCCUCGUGUCAUCUGGUUUUCAUUCCAACUGAGCUCUCAAUUACU